AUGGCGAGGCGAGGCGGAGCCGAGGCGCGAGGGGCGGGGCGGGCUGCGGGCACUCCCCUCCGGGCCUGCCCGCCCUGCCGCUCUGCGCCGUGCGGCCGCUCUCUUGGUGCCCGCCGGGCUUGGCCACACCUGCCCCUGCCCCUGCCCCUGUCCCAGCCGAUGGGCAUAGCCCGGAAGCUCGCGAAAGUGGCCCGCUCGGGAUCCGUGCCCCAGGGCCUGGCCUGGGCUUCAGUUCUGCAUCUCUGGACGAAGCGGAAACAAGAAGUUUCCUUAUCUAGCCCUCUUUGUAGGAGGCUGCUUUUACUGGUUUCCAUGGCCAUACGGGCAUGGAAGUGGAGGGAUGAUAUUCGAAUCAGGAGAGGUGUGUCUGGCAAAGGCAUAGGAGGUGACCCCACUGAGGAGGAGGUGAACAUCGGGCAAGACAUGCUACAGGUUGUGCAAGGAUCAGACCUCCUUGCCUGCACUGUAAGGCUCUUCGCUGAGGUGGCUGACAGAGGGGUUGACCAGAAUAAAGAACUAAACUUCUCUGUCUGUGAAGAAGAUUUUGAGAGUGGAGGUCAGAUGGCAGCACAAGGCACCGGAGAGGCCCACAGCCCAGCGUCUGAGAGGGAUAAGGAUGAGGAGAUGGAGGAACCCAAGUCUCCCCCCAGAGGUGAACAUUACCCUCCUCAGAUCACAGACAUGGAAAGACCGGGUCCCUCUAUGUGGGUUCCAGCCCUUCCCAAAUGUCCAGAGACGCCAAGACCACCCAAGAAGAGCAAGCCGCCAGUCGCUGACAGCUUCUCCACACCCAAAAACACACUGCAGAAUCCACGUGAGAUGACUUUGAAAGGAAACCUCUCUGCCCAAAGCGCUAAGCGUCCGAGACUCUCACUUUCUCCCUUCAUGGAUGAGAAGACCUCUUUGUCUCUGGUUAAUAUCAACCCAUUCACUCCAGAGUCCUAUAGAAAAUCAGUCCUUCGAUCAAAUGAGAAAAGGAAAACCAGAGGCUACCAUGAGGAAAUGGAAGAAGGGGAAAGCAAAUCAGAACAGGUGCUGCCUACUAAGAGGAGUAUUCUACAAGAAACUGAUAUGGCUUCCCGCUAUGAAAAGGAAUUUUUGGAGCUAGAAAAAAUUGGGGUUGGGGAAUUUGGUACAGUCUACAAGUGCAUUAAGAGGCUAGAUGGAUACCUUUAUGCAAUAAAGCGUUCUUCAAAACCAUUCUCGGGAUCAUCAAAUGAUAUGGAUUUGCAUGAAGUCUAUGCUCAUGCAGUGCUUGGCCAUCACCCCCAUGUGGUACGCUACUAUUCUUCAUGGACAGAAAACGAUCACAUGAUCAUUCAGAAUGAAUACUGUAACGGUGGGAGCUUGCAAGCUGUGAUAUCCGAAAAUGCCAAGUCUGGUAGCCACUUCCACGAGGCCAAACUCAAAGACCUCCUUCUACAGGUUUCCUUGGGACUUAAGUACAUCCACAGUUUUGGCAUGGUGCACCUGGACAUCAAACCCAGUAAUAUCUUCAUUUGUAAUAAGUCGCAGAGUGACUCUCCUGUAGGUCCAGAAGAGACUGAAAAUGAGGCUGACUGGUUUCUCUCUGCUAGUGUGAUGUAUAAAAUUGGUGACCUGGGCCAUGUGACAUCAAUCAGCAACCCGAAAGUGGAAGAAGGAGAUAUUCGCUUCCUGGCUAAGGAGAUCUUGCGAGAGAAUUAUCAACACCUUCCCAAAGGAGACAUAUUUUCCUUGGGGUUAACAAUUGCAAUGGCUGCAGGAGCAGAGUCAUUACCCAGUAACGGUGACAUGUGGCAUCAUAUCCGCAAGGGGAACUUUCCAGACGUUGCCCAGGAGCUCUCAGAUGACUUUUAUGGUCUACUCAAGAGCAUGAUCCACCCUGAUCCACAGCAGAGACCUUCCGCAGCAGCACUGACCAGAAGUCAAAUUCUUUGGCCCUUCCCGGAAAGGACAGAUGAACUCCAGAAGCAACUCGAUUUGGAGAAGUCCAAGGUAGCCAUGCUGGAAAGUGCCAUUUACUCAGGACUUCUGGUGAAGAAUGAGAAACAUAUCCCAUAA